UUUCCUUCAUGUGACGCGCCCCUUCCCCAUUACAUCACACGCCCAUCUCAUCUCUAAAGGCUUGAGUACUCGCAGGCCAUAGCCGACAGCCAUUACCACGCCUCGCACAAUUGUCACCAAGCAUCCACGAGACCAAGGCGAUGUCAAUGGCGGAGGAGCAGUACUACGCUGGCCCGCGCGCGGCCCCGCACGGGCUGCUGGUGGCGGUAGUGUUGGGGCUGCUGAUUGCAUGGCCGCUUUUCCUGCAGGGUGACGGCGGCGAGGCAUUCACCGAUACCAUCGCCGAGCUGCUCGGCCCCGUGGGCCUGCUCCUCCUCCCUGUGGGGCUCCUCAUCAUCAUCAGCCUCCUCUCCUCCGACCGUGGCCCUCACAUGCUCGCGUUCGGCGGCUCGCCCGACACCGUGCACCACGUCGGGGGAUCUCCCAUCGGCCUGGCGCUCAUGCUGGCCCUCAUCCUCGCCCUCCUCUACUACCGGUCUGCGCUCUUCGGCGGCGGCGGAGACGACGACGAGUAGGCGACUAAGCGCCCGCCACCGCCAGUGGGUUUUAGGUAGAGCUAGCCUGAUCUCGGUGUCGCUGGCUGGUUGUUCAGACAUGCUGGUAGGCGCUUCAGCAGGCAACAGUAAAUAAAAGAGUGAGAAAUUUGCCUUUAA